UGACGGCUUGAUGCACCUGCACGCCCAAUCACUUCUCGUCCUGAAGCCUCCUGCUUGCGCGAGCCACACCUCCUGGCCAAUGAGAAGCCCGGCUUGGAGCCGAGGGGCGGAGCCUCCAUAUGUUUGGGUCAAAAUGAGCCCAGUGUUAUUAGAAAGCUCAGUCUGUCGCUCCCAACACCUGAACAAGCGACUCUACGUCAAUCAUUUCACUUACAGCUCAAACGUUUACAGUCUUCACGUUUCAGGAGGAUGAGACCAGCAACUUAACUAGUAACUGCUUGUGCUUAGUUUUAAUUAAAAAAAAAAAAAAUAUAUAUAUAUAUAUAUAUAUUUGUCCGUUGAGUCUCACAACAAUGAAGCCAUCGACAGAAACCAGCUUUCAAAUUGACGUCGUUGCGGAUAGAUGCGGGGUCGUGUGCAAAUACAUCCUCAUCGUUUUCAACAUAAUCUUCACGGUUUUGGGGUUCGCGUCUUUAGUGUUUGGCCUGUGGCUGAAUUUCCAAGACAACGCCAGAGACAUGUUCAAUGUAAACGAUGGCAACAAAGCAAGAAUCGACUCAAAUAUCUUUCACAUAGUCGUCUACAUCCUGGUAAUCCUCGGCUCUGUAAUGGUGGCUUUGGGGAUUUUUGGAGAGCAUGCUGCCUGCAAUGACAAUAAAAUUGCUCUCCAAGUGUUCUGUGUCUUCCUCUUCCUCCUGGCUGUGGCCACAAUCGCCGUAGGAGCGCUUGCUUAUACCAGCAAGGACACGGUUGGAAAGAAGUUUGGAGAGUUGUACAGCGACGUAUAUAAACUCUACGAGAAGAAUAAAGACGAAACGGUGGCCGCUACUCUCAAAUUCGUCCAUGAUUUGCUCCACUGCUGCGGAUCGGCCGGAGUCCAACUAACCGAGAUGGUUAAGAAGACUUGCCCGAAGGCGGAUGAUGCGACGAGGCAUGCGGCAUGCCAAGAGAGCAUCAAAAGCUUCAUUGACCAACGCGCACCGUUGGUGACUGGCGCCUUCGUUGGAACCGGAGCUCUUUUGAUCACACAAGUCAUCUGCGCCGCCCUGUUCAGUUCAAAGAUUCAUCGGGACUGAAGCGCCUCAGUCAAUUAUUCAGACUCUCUUCAUGUCACCCCUCUGGUGUCUGAGCUGCAGACAUCAAGCGGUUUUCAUCUUUACUGCACAAUCGUCCGAUAGGUUUUCAUCUGACUGCACAAUUACAGAAGCUUUCUUCAGGCCAAAGAGACAUAAUGACAUGAACACUGAACACUCCCCCAUGAACAGCAGCCUCUUGCUGCUGUAAUGCUGAAAACUGCAGUUUUCUGAAUCACAAGGCUGCAGGGAAGGCAGCUUCAGGACGUGCAAACGCAUCCAACAGAGGGCCACCGCCUUUUUAAGGCUUAUGCUACAGAAUCAUGUUGCCAAGACGAGAAUUGUUGGCAGCAACGCUUGUGAUAAGGGCCAAGGACGAAAUAGUCUCCGAUCGAGAAACGCCAAGAAAAGACAGACGAUCUGCUAUAGUACAAGGACGGAGAGUAGAGAGCUGGUGCAGAUUUCCUGUUGAAUCCACCAGAUUUUUGGUUUAAAAAAAAUGCUUAGAAAUUCUGCCAUAAAUAAAACUGGUGGAUUAAAAACCUA